AAUAUAUUCGUUAUACUACCCUUAUCUGGAGUAAAUAAUGUUUAUCCUUAUCAUCUCCAUUUUAUUCCCAUCUGCAGUUGACAUGGCAACGUUAUGCAUCAAUUCUUCUAAUAGUGAGAUGUCGGACGCGGAAGGUAGCAUACGAUUAUCACUUCCAAUGGCAGCAGCAGACGAUAUUGAAGACGCGACCAAGUUGUUUUCGCGCCCUGUGUGUUCCUUCACCUUAACCAGCCAAUCGCCAUUCGACAGGCUUAUUCUAGUUCUUCCAAACGUCACCGAUUCUCCCGACACCACGUGCGCAGAACGGUCCAACCACGAUCGAGUGGAGCUCAGACUUUUGAACGGACCAAUCACAAACGAGGUCCAUCCAUCGGAGCCGUAUUGGAAUCUGUGCACGUCUGCGACGACGUCGCCAUCAUCGUUGUCGUCAUCGAGUGCUAACUGGACCAAUCAAACAGUGUUAACUGAAGAAUCCUUGUCAUUCCAAAGAAUUUUCGUAACUUCUGGGUCGAGCGUGGAUGUAUUCUUAGAUUUUUCCGCCGCUAUUGAUAGCAUUAUGGGAUACUCCAUGGACGAAUUAGACGGCCGAGAUAGUAUUUCAAUUUUUUAUAAGUCUUUCAGUAGCAACGCACAGUUAGAGGAUGAUCUAUGUAUCCAAUGCAUUUCAAACGAUUCAUGGGCCAGUGAAGCUGAAAUCUGCUCAGAUAUAUAUCUAAAUUGCUCCUAUCCAAUCUUGUCGCCUAGCAACGAAACGGGUGACCAGAAAGUCACCAUCAAUUGCAUUCCUCCAGAGAAGAAACCUCGUUCUGAGCUCUUCAGCAUCAUGAUGGCCGGAGCCAUAGUACUGACUAUCAUCUUCGUAUCAUUUCACUGUAGUCCCGGUAGCAGCGCCCCAUCACGCCGUCCCGCUGCCAUGGACAUCAUGCUACGAGACGAUAUCUCCCGAAGAGGCGGAGGCGGACUCGGGGGAGGUCGUGGUCCUUUCGGGAAUACAUCGUACAAGGUCCAAGCUCCUACGGUCGGCAAGGGACCCGUCAGUCACGUAUGACGAAUACCCCCUCGAAAAUAGGGGGCGUGGUUUAUUUAUUGAAGUCUGUUCUACUAUUCAUGCGCGCUACGAGUUUGUCGGGAUUGUUUUAAAAUCGUUAUAAGCCAGCCGCCAACCUCAAGCUGCAAAUCAGAGAGCAAGCAAAGAUGAACUCAUUUAAUAUGCGAACAGGCAAUAGGCCUACAAGAAUUUAUUGAUUUUGAAAAAUUCCCAAAUAUACCUCAGUCGUAGUCUUGUUAUUGUGUAAUGUCAAUCAUAACGCGUAACGUAUCGAUAACUCGUGAUUUGUUCGUGGAGCUCACCGCAUAACACGUAAUUAUUGUGUGUAGCAUUUCACCCAAAGAUAUGUCAAAUACUAUACAUCUUUGUCAUUCAGGCUAUGCGGGCAUGUUUACUGACAUAAUCAAAAUUUCACGAAUAUUUUGUCUGAUAAAAUGUGUUCUUGACAUUCUGAAACUAGCCAAAGAUUUUCAGACCUAUAUAGCGACAAAAAUGAUCGUUGUGCAGUCAGUCAUCAUGAUUCGAACAAAAUCUUAAGAUUUACCAUGUUUACCUUUUCAUAAUUUUUAGAAUAGGCCUAUUCCUCAACAAAGGUUGUUAUGAAAAUGACAUAUCAACAGGUGAUGUUUGCAAACUUGCGAGGUAGUUUCAAGUUUCGUGGUCCAUUUAUCGAUGUAUAAAUAUGAACCAAUUAUUGUAUGAGGUCUCCACGUAAGGGCAUUUAAAUAAGAAAAUCACUAUCCCAGUAAACCAUUCUCAAUUCCUUUUUUUUUCUUUUAACAAAUCGAAAUAAUUCAGCCACUAUUGACUAUUGCUAAUCAAAACAUAAUGAAUGUAGUUUUAUGUACAGUCACAUGUUUUGUAUUUUACAUAGCGAGCAUUAAGUUCCAAGGCAAUAGUAUCAAUAUUUACAUGGCAACCAAAGUGGUCGAGCGUCAUCUUUCGUUGCAUCGUGAAUAGUUCCAAUAGCUCUUUGGUUCGUACACAUUCUAAGUAUAGACAAAGAAAGCAAUAUCUAAACCCACUGAGGAGCGAUUCCAUAUUUAAAAAAUCACCCAUUUUCACAACAUUUUUCACU